CCCUGACACAGGCCAGAUAAGAGCCCGGCGGCGCUAUCGGGGCCCGCAGCCGGGUCUGCGAAGACCACGGGGACAGUGGGCUCCUGGGGCGAGUCCGGGCUCCUCUCCAUGUGGAUGGGAAGCCACAGCGACCAACCAGGCUGCCUCCCGGAGGGUGGCCGCGGGCUCCCGAAGGUCCAGCCCUGCUGACGAACAACAACAACAACAACAAAAUACCUGUAUACCUGCCACCCACUGGGAACUAGCAUGCUGACCGUUACUUCUGUCCACGGCGGUAGCUGCGAUCUUGACUGUUGUGUGUAUCAUCUCCGCACCUCUACAAAGGUCUGAGGUUCCAGUGAUGGUGAUGAUGGGAGCUACAGGGAGGCUGGUGCUUUCUUUCCCUUGCUGAGAGCGCCGUGGUUUUCAGGCCGAUUCUACAUCUGCUGUAGCCCGACAGUGGUGCUGUGAGGUGACAGCCAUGUCGGUGAGGGUGCGGUUCCUGUCCUCCGGGGACGCAGGGGCCGUGGGGGUCGUGGGCCGGAGCGCCUCCUUCGCGGGCUUCAGCAGUGCGCAGAGCCGCAGGAUCGCAAAGUCCAUCCAAAGGAACUCAGUGAGGUCUCGCAUACCUGCGAAAUCCUCCAAGAUGUAUGGCACGCUGCGGAAGGGGUCUGUGUGUCCGGGCUCCAAGACGCAGCAGGUGAAGAAGGUCUUCGAAGCGCUGAAGAGAGGCCUCAGGGAGCACCUGUGUGUCCAGCAAGCCGAGCUGGACUACCUGUCAGGACGGCACAAGGACACCCACAGGAAUUCCCGGCUGGCUUUCUAUUACGACCUGGACAAGCAAACGCGCUCAGUGGAGAGGCACAUUCGGAAGAUGGAAUUUCACAUCAGCAAGGUGGACGAGCUCUACGAGGGCUACUGCAUCCAGUGCCGCCUGCGAGACGGCGCCUCCAACAUGCAGCGGGCCUUCUCCAGGUGCCCGCCCAGCCGCGCCUCCCGGGAGAGCCUGCAGGAGCUGGGCCGCAGCCUGCAGGAGUGCUCCGAGGACAUGUGGCUCAUAGAGGGGGCCCUGGAGGUGCACCUGGGCGAGUUCCACAUCCGGAUGAAAGGCUUGGUGGGCUACGCACGCCUCUGCCCAGGAGACCAGUAUGAGGUGCUGAUGCGCCUGGGCCGCCAGCGCUGGAAGCUGAAGGGCCGGAUCGAGUCUGAUGACAGCCAGACCUGGGAUGAGGAGGAGAAGGCCUUCAUCCCCACCCUGCACGAGAACCUCGAGAUCAAGGUGACAGAGCUGCGCGGCCUGACCUCGCUGGCGGUGGGCACAGUGACGUGUGACAUCACCGACUUCUUCACGACCCGGCCGCAGGUCAUCGUGGUGGACAUCACAGAGCUGGGCACCAUCAAGCUGCAGCUGGAGGUGCUGUGGAACCCGUUCGACACUGAGAGCUUCUUGGUGUCACCCAGCCCUUCAGUCAAGUUCUCUGUGGGCAGCAGGAAGGGCUCCUUGUACAACUGGACGCCCCCGAGCACCCCCAGCUUCCGGGAGAGGUACUACCUGUCUGUCCUGCAGCAGCCAGCGCAGCAGGCCUUGCUGCUGGGCAGCCCAGGGCCCCCCUCCACCCUCAGCUGCCUGUCCGACAGCGACCUUCGGGGCCCUGGUCUGUGCAGCCAGAGUCAGGAGCUGCCUGAGAUGGACUCCUUCAGCUCCGAGGACCCCCGAGACACCGAGACCAGCACAUCAGCAUCCACCUCGGACGUGGGGUUCCUGCCCUUGGCCAUUGGCCCCCAGGCCUCCAUUGAAGAGGAGGCCCUGGAGGACUCCCCACCCCUGGGCCUCUUGCCAGAGAUGGCCCACCUGGUAGGAGGCUCAUUUGUGGAGCGGCCUGGCUGGAGGAAUUUGGGAGUAGAGAGCCCCAACCUGCCACGGGGCUCCCCCCUCCACAACCAUACCAUGCUGGGCAGCCAGAAAGACCACGAUGAAGGAGAAACCAGGGAUGGAGUGGAUGGGCCUGGGGUGACCCUCGAGAGGCCCCUGCAGGAGGUCCUGGACUUGCUGAGGUGCACUGACCCCUCCCAGCCCCGGCUCCGAGAGCUGGAGUACCAGGUCCUCAGCUUCAGGGACCGGCUGAAGCCUCGCGGAGGCUGCCGGGAACACAGCUCGGCCGAGAGCCUCAUGGAGUGCAUCCUGGAGAGCUUCGCCUUCCUCAACGCGGACUUCGUCCCCCACGAGCUGUCCCUCUUUGGGGGCCCCGAGGGCUCCCGAAAGGACAGGACCCCGCCCCCGCCGCCGUCACUGAAAGAGGCAUCCAGGGAGCUCACAGCUGGUGCCCCCGAGCUGGACACACUGCUCAUGGUCCACCUCCAAGUCUGCAAGGCUCUGCUGCAGAAACUGGCCUCCCCUAAUGUGUCGAGGAUGGUUCAGGAAUGUCUUCUGGAAGAAGCUGCGCAGCAAAAGCAGGUCCUGGAGACGCUGUCUAUGCUUGAUUUUGAGAAGGUCAGCAAGGCGACAUCUGUUGAAGAGAUCCUUCCGCAGGCCACUCGGAGGAAGGGCUGCCUGAAGCUGUGGAGGGGGUGCACGGAGCCCGGCGGGGUCCUGGCCUGUCCUGCCGCGGCGCUGCUGAACCAGCUCAAGAAAACGUUCCUGCACAGGGUCCGGGGGAAGUACCCGGGGCAACUGGAAAUAGCGUGCCGCAGGCUCCUGGAGCAGGUGGUCAGCUGCGGCGGGCUGCUGCCCGGGGCCGGCCUCCCCGAAGAACAGACUGUCUCCUGGUUCCAGUUUCACAGCUACCUGCAGAGGCACAGUGUCUCGGACCUGGAGAAGCACUUUGCCCAGCUCACCAAGGAAGUGACCCUCGUGGAGGAGCUGCAGUGCCCGGGGCAGGCCAAGGCGGUCAGGAAGCUGCAGGGCAAGCGGCUGAGCCAGCUCCAGCCCCUGCCCCAGACACUACGGGCCUGGGCGCUGCUCCAGCUGGACGGGGCUCCAAAGGUGUGCCGGGCGGCCCGGGCUUCCCUGGCCGGGGCAGCCAAGAACAAGAGCUUUCGGGAAAAGGCUUUGCUGUUCUACACCAACGCCCUGACCGAGAACGACGCCCAACUCCAGCAGGCAGCCUGCGUGGCGCUGAAACAGCUCAGGGGCGUCGAAAGCAUUGAUCAGAUUGCCGGCCUGUGCCGAUCCGACCUGGAGGCCGUGCGAACAGCCGCCCGGGAAGCCACACUGUCAUUUGGUGAAAGGGGACGCUUCGCUUUUGAGAAGAUGGACAAACUUUGCUCAGAACAAAGAGAGGAGGCUUUUUGCCAGGAGGCAGAUGUUGAAAUCACAAUAUUUUAAAAAACCUCAGCCGAUGAGCUCAAAUGUGGCAUCUUUGUUUUUGCUGCUGCCCAGUCCUGACGCAGGGACUGAGCUGUGGAUGCGGGCACGCUGUGUGCUCCCCUGAAGUGUAAGCUGGCCGGGGCUGCUCCCUGAAGUCUCUGGCUCAGUCACAAUGCCCCGGGGCACACGUGGGACUUGGCACAAGGGGUAUGACCAAGCUCGCAGCUUCGGCUUUGAGGUCCUCCCCAGGAAGCAGAGCGGGCCACUUUGUGGAGCCGAGGCCUGGAACAGAAGGCUCCCAGACGACAUGAACUUGUCUCCUCAUCGGGCAGCUGGCUCAGCACUCCUGGUUCAAAGGACGGGACUGAGGCCAGCCGGCCCAUGAGUUCGCUAAGGAAACAGUGCGGCGGGUCCACUCAUUUCCCCUGCAGAAGCUGUCACCUGGGCGACCUGGGGAAGGCAGGAAGGCACAGAGCCAGGGUUUCUAUGAUUCAACUCUUCACCUGAGCUGCGACUCGAAGGCCUGGUCCCAUGGACCUCCCUUUCACCGUGGUCAAGAGCACACAGGAAACAGAGCCUCAAGUGUCGUGUCAGUGAAAGCAGUCACUCUGACCCCACCGCACAAAAUGAAACCCUGCUGACAGAGCAGGUCAACGUCGGGCCUGUUCAGUAAGUUGCUUCAGAUGCCAUAGCUGGUGUGAAGAUUUCACUGAACAGCAUGUUGCUUUAAAGAAGCAACAUGAGUUUCCUAUUUAAGACUCGAACGUGUCCUGAGCUGUUUGUGUGUUAAUAAUGUCGAGAUGACCUGGGGUGUGGAUGUGCCUAUCGACAGUGGCAUUGCUGAGCUUUCUAACUUAAACAUUCUCAUUUAUACUUCCUGUAUAUGUUUUGUGCUUUUCAGUUUCACUUAGUAUUUAUUUGACUUGUUUAUAUGUUCAACUUUCUGAAAUUUCAAUGAAAAAGAACGAUUUUUAUUGGUGUUUCACUUUACCUGAAAAACGUCAAUAGUGGUUGUUUUCCCAAACAUCCUGUCCCUGAGCGUGCUCUCCAGGGUGACAGUGAAGCAGCUGUCAGAGGUGGGCGUGGGAAAGGCAGUGUGCCCCUGGGAUUCUCGAAGGCUCCUGUCCUAUCCAGACUCUGCAAGGCAUGGCCCUUGCCUGGCCUUUGGCCCCAUCUGAUUUCCGUUCCAAACUCACAAAUUGAGUUG